AUGCAGGCCCACCAAGGCGAAGGAGAGUCAAUUCUACUCCUAGUGGCGGACUGGGGCUUGUCAAGCUUAGUGCCACGGGGGACCAUCACCUACGAGCAGGGCCCACAGCGGUCGAUCAUUGACCUUGUCCUCACAUCGAGGGGCUUGGGUAAACGGAUGACACAGUGUCGCAUUCAUCCGGUUGAACAUGGGUCAGAGCACCGUGCAAUUGAGACGACCUUCCCAAGUGACGCGACACUCUCCCUGGCUGAGCUAGAAGACACCGCAUCAUACCUGAGGAGACAGUACCACCGCGCGAUCCGGGACGCGAAGCGUCGACAUUGGCGAGAGUUCCUGAAUAACACCGACACCAUAUGGAAAGCGGCGCAGUAUCUUGAGCCUGGGGAAUAA